GACCUUUUCUUUUGCUUUCCGCAACCCAGCGACGAACGUUGGCAUCAAGUUAAAAAGUUACGGCGCAAGAGAGAAGACGUGAAAAAGUUUAAGCAAGAAUAUUAUACGACGGUGAAGAGUAGCAACGAGUUUAAAAAACUAAAUUUAAAAGUUUAACAGUGUACUGAGCAAACGUGACUCACGUGGAAAAGAAAUCAGAAGCGACCACGUUGUGUCCCCAUCGUGAAAGCCUACUUGCAUCGGUCGUAGAAGGUUUUCGGCCAGUUGUUUCCUAGCACAACUACCCGGGCUAGUUUGCAAACCUGUGAUCUUCUGAGGACAUAUUCUGUCGAAUUUGAACAAAUGAAAAAACCAGAAUAAUAAUAAUAAAGACACUUGAACGAAAGUUCUCUACCAUUCGACAAUUUUGUGUCGGGUUUGGUCCGCGUGCAAGCUGUAUAAACUAUUUCUGCUCGCCCCAAAUAAUUGUACAUAAAAAAAGCAAAACAAGUUUAAUCAAACGUAAUAUUUGAAAGUGCAUGGUGUUGAAGAAAAGUUUUUAAAUUGGCAAUAAGAGACAUUUAGCCAACAGGUGAAGAGAACAAGACUUUUUAAAUUAUUAUUUAUACAUUAGCUGUAAUAUAAAAGGAGAACAAGUUGAAUGUGGUUUCAAUCAUAGACCGCAACGUUGGAAAAGCGACACGAAGAACAAAGCAAAUAAAGUUUAAGCAUCCUAAGAAUAAGAAUUAGUAAUAAACGCGAAACACAAAGUGAAAUAAGGAUCGGGGGUGCAAAAAAGAAAGUCACCCACAUAUUUUUUACCAGCAAAAAAGAAAACCGGUGAAGUUGUAGCAUAAGUGUAAAUCUUUAUAGGAAAUAAAAAAACACCAGUAGAGCUUAAGCCAAGCUAGAAGCACUCUACUGCAAGCAUCAUGAUGACUGAAACGCUGAAUUCUAACAACCACCUCAGCCAGAAAGGUGAAAAUAAAGUGGAUGACAUGGGAUGGAAAGCCAAACUUAAAAUACCGCCCAAAGAUACUAGAAUUAAGACUAGUGAUGUAACGGACACUCGAGGUAACGAGUUUGAAGAGUUUUGCCUGAAGCGUGAGCUGCUGAUGGGUAUCUUUGAGAAGGGAUGGGAGAAGCCGUCGCCGAUCCAGGAGGCAGCUAUCCCGAUUGCACUAGUGGGUAAGGAUAUCUUGGCGAGGGCCAAAAACGGCACUGGCAAGACAGGCGCGUACAGCAUUCCUGUACUAGAGCAAGUUGAUCCUACCAAGGAUUAUAUUCAGGCGCUAAUCAUCGUGCCAACGCGUGAGCUGGCCCUACAAACGUCACAGAUUUGCAUUGAACUUGCGAAACACAUGCAUAUCCGGGUCAUGGUGACCACCGGUGGUACCAACCUCAAGGAUGAUAUUAUGAGAAUAUAUCAGAAAGUUCAAGUGAUCAUCGCCACACCCGGCCGUAUACUGGACCUGAUGGACAAGGAGGUGGCGAAUAUGGCCAACUGCCGUAUGCUAGUAUUAGACGAAGCGGACAAGUUGCUGUCGCAAGACUUUAAGGGCAUGCUGGAUCAUGUCAUAAUGAAAUUGCCAAAAGAGCGCCAGAUUCUGCUGUUUUCGGCGACAUUCCCGCUAAGUGUAAAGAACUUUAUGGAAAAGCAUUUGCGCGAGCCAUACGAAAUCAAUCUUAUGGAGGAGCUCACCCUGAAGGGUGUCACCCAGUACUACGCGUUUGUCCAGGAGCGGCAGAAGGUGCACUGUCUCAAUACAUUAUUCUCCAAACUACAGAUCAAUCAGUCGAUAAUCUUCUGCAAUUCGACACAGCGUGUUGAACUGUUGGCGAAAAAAAUCACUGAGCUCGGCUACUGCUGCUACUACAUUCAUGCCAAGAUGCAACAGGCACACCGAAACCGUGUUUUCCAUGACUUCCGAUCCGGGUUGUGCCGAAACUUGGUCUGCUCCGAUCUCUUUACGCGUGGUAUCGAUGUACAGGCUGUGAAUGUUGUUAUUAAUUUUGAUUUCCCCAAAAUGGCGGAGACCUAUCUGCACAGAAUUGGUAGAUCCGGACGUUUUGGACAUCUGGGUAUUGCCAUCAAUCUAAUCACCUAUGAAGAUCGAUUCGAUCUCCACCGUAUCGAGAAGGAGUUGGGUACCGAAAUAAAACCCAUUCCCAAAGUGAUUGAUCCGGCCCUGUAUGUGCCCAGGCUGGAUGAUCCAAACAACACACAGGAGGAGCAAAACAUCAGUAAAUAAGUCUAUCCACAAACAUACCACACAGUCAAAUUCCAGCAGCUUCAAUCAAGAUCACAAAAUAAACAUGACUAAAGAUUCUCGCCCAUCCUCGGAACAAAUUUCGAACCACCCAAGCUAGCAAAAAUGUUUAAAUAUAAAACGGAGAACCGAGAGAAACAAUGGGUUCCUAACAAAAGAUUGCGCUGCUGGUUGUAGGAUAGUCACACAACAGCUACAAGAGAGAAAUGGAGUCUUCAAAUUAUUAUACUUUUUUGUUCGAAUUUUUUAAAGAAAUUGUUUCAUAAGGAAUAAGAGAAGCUACUGAUGAAUAUGAAUUCAAACAAGUACCCACAAAUUCACAUACAAAUUAAAUCUGUAAACAAUUGUGGAAAAGGACUGCGGUAAUGGAGUGUUUGAGGAAACCCGAGAGUGGACGUGGAUCGAGUGGAUGAACGCCGUGAACGAGUGAACUGUGGGGAACCAAUCUAACAUCGCCAGCAUUAAAGUCAUCGGUGUGUGUUGAUGAAUUAGACGGAAUAGAAAAACAUCAACGCCUUUUAUAUAUAUUCGAGUGUCAGGAUAGGCAAUCAGAGUAGACGAAUCGGGAUAUGGCGCACAGUUCGCCGAAAAGAGUAUGGUUCUGUAAAUAGCAUUUCGUGGGAAUCAGACCCAUGAAGGAAAAAUCUUUGGAAUAGUGAAAAUUUCACCGCGAAUGAAAACUUGUUCUUGGAUGAGGCAUCCCAGUUUCGUCAGAGCCCAAUUUGCCAGUGGAAGUUUGCGUUUGUUAUUUAGUUUGAAGAACACUAAUCAACACCUAGAGUGAGACGAGCGAACAAUCACCUAUUUACUCAAGAAAAUGUCUACGAGGGGUAUGUGAACACAAAAAAACGAUUUUUACAGCAAAGAGUUGAGGGGGGGAAUUAAUAAAAAAAAUAUACAAGGGAACGUAAAACAAGUAAUUAAAAAAAGGGUUUUAAACGGUAACAACGAGAGAAGGCAAGCCUCCAAAUUGCAGGUAUGCUCUUUACCUGACGAAAAAGAUUGCCACCAGCAUCGUAGAUGUUUUCUUGUGUCAAACGUGUUUUGUUCGUCCAAAUCACGCAAUAAUCGGGCCUAGGUUAAAUGUUAUCAUCCAUAAGUCACAAAACCAUCAAUUCAAAGUCCGUUUAUUGGUGUUUUUCUGUUUACAAAAAAAAAAAACAAUUUAUUUCCCGGAUCAAUUUGCAACCUUAAACUUUGUUAUUUAAAUACUAGGAGCGAUGGAGAAUGAUUGGUUUAACAACACCAACUAUACAAGUAUUACCUUUGGUUUACAGUGAGGCUUUCUGCCACUGACACGUUUUAGCGUAACCAGUUUAGUCGAGAGAAAAGCACAGGGUUUUUAUCUGCUGGAUUGAAUUAUCUGUAACAGUUAGCGCCCUGUUUGAAACGUACAUUUCUCCAUCGCAUCAAUGUCAAUAUUUUGAAAAAGAAAAAAAUACAUCAUCAUCUGCAUCUGUUCUCAUAAUUGACGGACAUUUGUUUCCAUGGUUGCCUUUUGAAAAUGAUUAGUUUUUCACACCAAUGGAAGAUGUGUCAGUGUUUCAGUACAAUAAAAAUACAGCCAUUGUUUUAACAAUGCCUUCAAGAACAGCUAGGAACUCUCCUAAACUGCACAAUCAAACCAAACAGAGACACAUCUUUCAUAGUCAUGCGUAAUUUCCCAGCUUAUUUCGUAAAUUAAAACUGUUUGUUACCGACCUUCGUGUACAUUGAGCUGAAUUCUAAUGAUUGUCAGUUUUCUUUACAUUUUCAACCAAUUUUUUAUGAGGUUCAGCAAAUGUCACAAUAUCGCGGGUGUGUAACAAUUUAAAAUAAGAUACAAAGUUACGAUUCUUCGUUUAAGAAGAAGUCGUGCUUUGAUUAGGGAAUAUAGCACAGGGUUAAAGGACCCGUGUAACAUAACAGCGGGAGAUCUUUUUUCUACCGUUCAUAAUUCAGCGAAAUUAAAUUGAGCCAUUCAUGUUCCUGCACAGUACAGAAAUUAAUCAGAAGUGUUCAGACACUUUGUGUAGUACAGCUAAGAACCCAAGAAAACAAAAAUGAUAUGAAUGCAUCCACACAGUCUUUAAAAAAACAUCCACGUGGAAUGAGUUGAUAAAAUCCUUACUCUUACCGACAGUUUUGUACGCGUUUUCACGUUGUCCUGGAGCGAAAUCGUUUUCAUUUACUCGGACGGUGGGACACUCAUUCUAGCAUUCAUUUUGGGAGAUAUUUAAAGUAAACAACAUCGACACAUAUUGGAGGAAUACUGAUAAUAGCAGAAGAUCGAAAUUGUGAUAAAGUCGUAAUUACUAUCAGUAGAACCAAUACGAGAACAAGGGGUAUUACACGAUUGCUACAGAAGACUACAACGGCUACCAACGCCAUUACAGAACAUCGUUUUGAAAUUCGAAUUUAUGUAUAUUUCACCAUCAUUUGCAAAGUUCAGAAUCUCCGGUACGUAAAUUUGAAUUUGUAGUCCAGAUUUUAUCUCCAUCCGGUAAAUAGGUAAUAAAUCAAGCAGACCCCUUGAGAUAAUUCGCUUGUAAAAGAAAUCAAUGAAGCAAUUUUCGAAUAACAACUAAUCAAGUAGUUAAUUCAGACAAACAAAUUGUGAUCUCUAUCAAUAAGAAAGAUUGAAGAAAAAAAUCAUUCUUAUUCUCUGAUGAAAACAUCUAUUGCAAUGUACUUCCGCUCUAGAAUCCCCAUUUAAGUGCAAUCUAGAAAUGUAUUUUCAGUAUUUAGACAAACAGACUGCCAAGUUUCGUACUACAGGGUUUUUGUGUUACUCUUAAACGCACCUUCUGGUAUCGUUCAAAUUCCAGCUAUGGACUUCAUUGAAGAUUCAGCUAUUCAUAUGACUAGCGGCGGAAGUGCCACCAGAGAGAGAGAGAGAGAGAGAGAGAGAUUGUGGAAAGAGAAUACAACUACACACACUUCAAAGUACCUGUUAUUUACACGAAUAUGAAGCAGAGCGCUGCAUGCAAUUACAAGCAUUUGUUGAGACCGUAACACAACAGCCACAAUACGUCUUAGCGAGAGAAAAAAAAUAUACGGAGAUUCAUCACAAAUCAAAGCCAAGUUUCUUUCGCCCUUGAUAAAUGGCUCACUUUUUCUAGUGCAACUGCCUGAAAAUUGUCCACAGUCAAAAUUUCUUCAUACGUAAUAACUCACCAUGAUAGUCAAUAGUUAACGGUAGACCAAUCAACGACUGAUCAUUUCGAUCAACUUUCCGAGAUAGCAGUUUUGAUUGGCUUUGAUUUGUGAAGAUUUAUCAAAAUUUGAACGUGUAUUGGACGAGAUAGUUCUAAAUCUAUUUCCUAUAAUUUCAAAUAGAAGUAAGGAACUUGAGAAUGUUUAGUAGUGGUGAGAGGAAAACCGCAUUAAUACAAGUGAUGUGAAACAAGCGAAAUCACCGUACCUGAUAUUUGUUAUUGUGAGAAAUAUGUUUAGAAAAAAUUUAGAUCAACACGAAAAAAAAAACAAAAAAAAAAAUAAAACUGCUAUCAACAACCAA